CCUCCCUGCGGCCAGGCCUGGCUCCUCCCCCUCUCUGCACCCCGCUCCCCGCCGGGCUCCGCUGGACUCUCCCGGGUCUGGGCUCACGGCCCCUCCGUGUGCUUUGCUCCCCGUCCCGCAGAUCUGCAGGCUUCUGGAGGCCGUGGGAAGCCCGAGGCCGGCGGGAGGACCGGGCGCCGCGCCACGCUGCGGAGAUGCCCGGUGGCCAUGGAAUGAUCGCAGCCCCAGGAAAGCCUUCCCAAUUCAGACACCCGCUCAGGUACCUUUAAAACAAGGCAGAAGUCUUAUGGAUUGGAUUCGAUUGACCAAAAGUGGGAAAGACCUAACAGGAUUGAAAGGCAGGCUAAUUGAAGUCACUGAAGAAGAACUUAAGAAACACAAUAAAAAAGAUGACUGUUGGAUAUGUAUAAGAGGGUUUGUUUAUAAUGUCAGCCCAUAUAUGGAAUAUCAUCCUGGUGGAGAAGAUGAGCUAAUGAGAGCAGCAGGAUCAGAUGGUACUGACCUUUUCAAUCAGGUUCACCGUUGGGUCAAUUAUGAAUCCAUGCUGAAAGAAUGUCUGGUUGGCAGAAUGGCAGUUAAACCUGCAGUUCCAAAAGAAUGUGAUGAAGAAAAGAGAGCCUUAAAUGGUAUGUUUCCCAAGACCCAAGUGGCACAUACACUUGCCGAAGAAGGUCUUAAUUCCCCAAGCUAUGACUGGUUCCAAACAGACUCUUUAGUAACCAUUGUCAUAUAUACUAAACAAAAGGAUAUCAGUUUAGAUUCAGUAAUAGUUGAUCAUCAAGAUGAUUCCUUUAGAGCAGAAGCAAUUAUCAAGGAUCAUUCAUAUUUUAUACAUGUUGGGCUAAGCCAUGAGGUUGAGGAAACUUUUUCUGUGCGAGUUGUUGAGAAUGUGGGAAAAAUAGAGAUUGUCCUUAAAAAAAAGGGAAAUACUUUAUGGAAAUGUCUUGGCCUUCCUCUGGAGAAGCAUAAUGUCCUUAUUCCAAAGAAAGAUACAGGUUUGUACUUCAGAAAGUGCCAGUUAGUUUCCAAGGAAGAUGUCACCCAUGAUACGAAGCUUUUCUGUUUGAUGCUGCCACCAAGCACUCAUCUCCAGGUGCCAAUUGGGCAACAUGUUUACCUCAAGGUAACUAUCACAGGAACAGAAAUUGUAAAGCCAUAUACACCUGUAUCUUCUUCCUUACUCUCAGAGUUCAAAGAACCAGUUCUUCCCAACAAUAAAUACAUCUACUUUUUGAUCAAAAUCUAUCCUGCUGGACUUCUCACACCAGAACUUGAUCAUCUUCAGAUUGGAGAUUUUGUUUCUGUAAGCGGUCCUGAGGGCAAUUUUAAAAAAUCCAAACUCCAGGAAUUAGAAGAUCUCUUUUUAGUGGCAGCUGGAACAGGCUUCACACCGAUGGUUAAAAUACUGAAUUAUGCUUUGAGUAAUGUACCCAGUCUCAGGAAGUUGAAGUUAUUGUUCUUCAAUAAAACAGAGGAUGAUAUAAUUUGGAGAAACCAAUUGGAAAAAUUAGCACUUAAGGACAAAAGAUUUGAUGUUGAAUAUAUUCUCUCAGCACCAACGUCUGCAUGGAAUGGCAAGCAUGGACAAAUUUCACCAGCUGUUCUUUCUGAAUUUUUGAAACGAAGUUUAGAAAACUCCAGAGUCCUCCUCUGCAUUUGUGGGCCAACACCAUUUACAGAGCAAGGAAUAACGUUGCUGCAUGAUCUUUACUUUUCCAAAGAUGAAAUCCACAGUUUUACAGCAUAAUGAAGAACUGUCAUUUUCAUUUACUUCAGCUAAUUUAUCUAUAUUUGUGAUCGCUUAGAAAUUUUUUAAGAGAAAAUAUUUGUAAGUACUACAAGGUUAACUAGAAUCCAGUUUUCAGUUUCUUAAAUGAAAUCAAAUAUUCCUUCAGUACAUAUUACUUGUUGGCUUUAUUUUAUACCAUAACUUAUUUUACUAUUAAUAUUUUACCUGGAAAGGCAGUCAUAGUUAUAGAUACAUAUAAGAUUCUUUAUUAUGAAUUACAAAUUUCCUUAAUGUUGAAACUGUAUCACUGUUUUAAAAUAAGCAGCUAUGUUUUAUGACAUAAUAAAGUAAAUGAUCACUUUGAUCACAUUUCUAUGCUAUAAAUUAUUAGCAAUACAGAGUGAAUUUUACAUUGCACUUUUAACUCAGGAAAUGAUCAUUUAUGUCCUUGUUAUUAUUAUUAAAACAUGAAAUUCUGUAACUUAUUGAAUGAUCCAAGUAAUUUUGUGUAUAUAUUUGGCAUCGAAUCAGAAUAAAAUUGUACUUAAGUACUUCUUAAUCCUUGUGGUAAAAAAUGUGGUUAAAUGCAACAACAUUAGGCUAAUGUCUUAAAAAGAGAAUUUUUUAAAGCACCAAUAAAAGAUACUGGAGAUAUUUCAUACAUGCUAUUUUGGACUAGUCUGUUAGAGAGCUUUAAAGGGGCUUAACAGCUAUUUUGAUUCUUAAUCAAAACCAAAGGCAUCAAAAAGAGAAUGGAAAAAAUUUUUUAAAAAAGAGAAUGAAAGUGUACUGUUUAGUCUAUGGCCUAAAAUAAUCAUAUUGAGCUUUGGAAUGAGUUACAUUUUAAUUCUUUUUGAGCCCAUCCAAAACACCUAGGAAAUGAUAACUAUGCAGUCCUAGAUUUGGCUUCUCUCUCCAGCGGGCUGCUCUUUCCCCAGCUGGCAGUUCGGCAGGGAGCCCUCUGAGGCUCUGCUGGGUUGGGCAGCUCACUCGGCUUGCUGCUGUGCCAACCUUCAUGUCUUCCCUGACUGGGAUUCAGCAAAAGAUGUAAUCAAAGUCACUGGAAGCUUUCCAUGAAGAAACUUGAAUGUACAGAUAGCUACAACAUAAGCUAAAUUGAAUUUUUCAUUUCUUUUUAUUUCUCAUUUUCUUUUAUAUGUAGGUCUUUAUGGGACAAGGAAGUGGAUUUUCAGAUUUAAACACUGAAACAAGCAAAAUCAAAUUAGUGUUAUCUAUAAAUGAGUAUUGAAUAGAAAAAUAGUAUUUAAUAUUUGGAAUGUUGAAACAUCUCAGAAAAACCAUGUGACAUUAUGUUUGAGGCAACAUUUGUGUAACUCUCAUGUCCAGAGAAAAUGUUAGUUUUUAGUUAUGUUAUAUAUUAACUUUUUAAGUCAGGAAUUCCACAAUGCAAAAUAAGUUCAGUUCAGUGCUACGAAAGUUAUGCAGAGAUGUAAACUCUACUGCUAGACAAACCUGGAAAGGCAGAAUGCUUACUAAGUAUGUGAUAGUAACACAAAUAUCAAUAAAAAAAGCCCAACAGUAAAAAAAUUGUAAGUAUCAAUAUAGCUAUCUUAUUAUAGAAACCAUAGUACCAUCAGUCAAAAAAACAAGAUCAUUGUUUUCAUUAUUCUUUCUAAGUCUUUUCUAUAAACAUAGUGGCUACUUGUUAUUUUUUAUCCUUAAUUUCCCUGUAAACAAAUUUACUGCUACUGAGCCCUACUUUCUAACACAUUAGCAUCAUUUUCCAAUUGUAUUAAUGAAAACGCAUCAAAGCUUUCAAAGCUAUUAAUGGUUUCAUGGAACUUUAAAAUCUAGUUCUAAGUAAUUGGCUAGUGAAAUUUAUUUGUAAAUAACCAUCGUACACCAAUGUUAUUAUCAAAUGUAAACAUGGCACUUAACAUGCUUACAGUUUUUUAAAAAGCUGGAAUAUAUACUUUAUAAUAUAUCUGAAACAUUAUCAAAUAUUUUGACAGUGUUGUUACUAAUACACUUUAUGUGUAGCAGUAAAAAUAGAAAUUUUUAACCAGAGUACAUUUGUCAAAACUGAAUUUUAAAUUUUCUUUUUGAAUUUUUCAUUUUAAUGCAGCAACAGUGUUUGCAAGAGGUGGAGGGUAAGCCAGGCAUGGUGGCUCACGCCUGUAAUCCCAGCACUCGGGAGGCCGAGGCAGGAGGAUCGUUGUGAGUUCGAGACCAGCCUGGGCUACAAAGUGAGCUCAAGGCCAGCCUGAACUGCACAGUGAGACCCUGUCUCAAAAAGACAAAAAAAAAAAAAAAAAACAAGAAGUGGAGGGUGGGAGGAAUCUCCAAUUUCUCUGUAACUGAUUUUGUAAAUUACUAAAGCUUCACUAAAUGAUGGUGUAUGCUCAAGAGGAACACAAUAUUAACAUUCCCUAAAUUACAAACACCCAUCUUGUAAAGUUCUUCGUGUGCAAAUGGCUGGGUAGAAAUGAUCAGUUUUUCCUGUGCUUCCUAUUUCUGUAACCAGGUCCACCUUUAAUGUCAUUAUCCCAGCAGCAACCUGGCUGUCCCAGGCCGGCAGCACAUUGUGGUGGCUAACAGGAGGAUUCUAAGCUGCAUGCCCCUCUAUCACCUUAUCUUUUUUUUUUCUUUCUUUCUAAAAGACAUCAUGGGCCAAAAUCGUUUUGUAAUUAUUAUUUUGUAAUUAUCAAUUAUUCGCUACCUUAGCCAGCCAGUCAACCUUUCAAAGUUUUUUCUCUUCAGUCCUUUUCUAGAUACCAUAGCCUUCUGUUAUUCUUUCUGUAUAUCUUUCUAUAUUUAAUUUAGUGUAUUUUGCUUAUUUAUUUAUUUAUUUAUUUAUUUAUUUUUGCAGUGCUGGGGAAUCAAACCCAGAAGCUCGUAUAUACUAGGCAAACCCUGUACCACUAAGUUUUCAUUGUGUUUUAAAACAACACAACUCAAAGCCUAUAAGCAUCUUUUGGGUUAAUCUCUGUUCACAUGAAGAUUGUCAAUUAUCGGUUACAUGUUAAUAAUUCCCAGGUUGUGGUCUCUAAUUUGAGAAUCUACUGAGGUUCUUGAUUAGUUUUCAAUAUCCAGUUACCUCCUAAAAACCAUCUGGAUUUCCCAUAAGCUCCUCAGGCUCAACAUGUUCCCAAGUAAACGUUCUCCAUGAUUAUCUCUUCCCAAAUUUGUACUUCCUCUUGUAUUCUCUAUUCUUCCUACUCAGCUCUUCAAAAACUAUUAAGAAUCAACACCAGUGUCUCUUGCUGUCCAAUCUGACUCUAUUCCACACCAGCUAACCCUCUCCCAUCAUUUGUCAGCUAAAUUAAUAUAGUGCCCUGAUCAUUGGUCUUCCUGUUGUAUAGUUUACACUAUUUGGAUUUGUUGCUAAUAAAUUAUAAAAGUGAAAUCAUAA